AUGUAUUAUAAAGGAGCCAUCGUCGUCGCCAUGCAGUUGUGCCUGUUCUUUUGCUGCCUCUUGCUGGGCGGCUCUGUGCCACACAAGUCCCCCAUGGCCAGUAAACUGAUCUUGAGCAGCGAUCAGGAGCCAGAGCCCAUGACUUAUCAGUUCAUAACGGAAUAUUGGCCCACCAUGCUGGGUGCCAACUAUUACAUCAAGCCGGGCAAUGUUGUCGGCAGCUUCAGUGUCGACUCCGGCACACUCCACUUCCGUCAGGAGGACGCCAGCAAGCCCAUGAAGCAUCUGAGCAGCAAGCACAACAUUCUAUUCGUGGCCUCUCCGAAGGAUCAACCCGAACAGCCCAAGCCACAGCAGUCGGAGCAGAAGGGAAAGGGUGUCUAA